AUGGCAAGUCUCAAGGAUCAGCUGAUUGUGAAUCUUCUCAAGGAAGAGCAGGUCCCCCAGAAUAAGAUUACAGUUGUUGGGGUUGGUGCUGUUAGUAUAGCCUGUGCCAUCAGUAUCUUAAUGAAGGACUUGACAGAUGCACUUGCUCUUGUUGACGUCAUGGAGGAUAAACUGAAGGGAGAGAUAAUGGAUCUCCAGCAUGGCAGCCUUUUCCUUAGAACACCAAAAGUUGUCUCUGGCAAGGACUAUACUGUGACUUCAAACUCCAAGUUCGUUAUUAUCACAGCUAGGGCACGACAGGAAAAGGGAGAAAGUGGUCUUACUUUGGUCCAGUGUAAUGUGAACAUCUUAAAGGUCAUCAUUGCCAAUGUUGUAAAAUACAGCCCACACUGCAAGUUUGUUGUUUCCAAUCCAGUAGAUAUCUUGACCUAUGUGGCUUGGAAGAUAAGUGUUUUUUCCAAAAACCGUGUUUUUAGAAGUGGUAGCAGUCUGGAUUCGGCCCAGUUCCAUUACCUGGUGGAGGAAAGGCUGGGAGUUCAAACAUUAAACUGUCAUGGGUGGGUCCUCAGGGAGCAUGGAGACUCUAGUGUACCUGUCAGUUUAGUGAGUGUUGCUGGUGUCUUCUUGAAGAAUAUGCACCCAGAUUUAGGCACUGAUGCAGAUAAAGAACCUUGGAAAGAGAUACACUUUGGAGCUGAAAAUUUAAAGAUUUCUAAUGUCAUAUCACUUUACUUUCCAAGAUACAACAGGAUUUUAGUUAGAGGUUGUGUAUGUCCUUUUUAUCUGAUCUGUGAUUAA